AUGUCUGCAGCGAUGUUUGAACUGGAUAAUCUUUCUCCUGGAAGCUCCAGACAGGAGCAUGUUUCCAACUCAGAUUUUACUUUAACCUGUUUGACUGAACUCUCUAGUGAUUCCAGUCAAUUGGAACUUCAGCACUCCAAUUCUGUUCCCGAUGGCUUGCAGAAGUUGUGCUUAUCUCAUCAUGGGCUUGAGAAAAGUGCGUGGGCUGCCGAAGGCAAAUACCAGCAGGGUAUGAAUAUAAGCAAGAGUGAGAUGGUGAAAGAAACUUCAUUAAAACCAUCUCGGAGAUCCCUGCCUUGCCUUGCCCAAAGCUACACAUACUCACAGAGCUUGAGCCAAUCUACCUCACUCUUCCAGUCAAAUGAGAGUGAAUCUCAGGCUCCCACUUCUGUAACCACAGUCUCCAUUGACAAAGCAGCACAAGUUAACGCUGAGGAGAAUAAAAAAGACUCUGUGCUCAACUGUUCUUUCACGGACCUCAGUGAUUUUUGCUUGGCCCUAGAAAAAGAUAAGGAUUACACAGAUGAAUCAGAACACGCUAAUUAUGACCGAUCUCGGCUCAUUAGAGACUCUGUUUGCAAAGAUAAACCUGAACCCAAGCCAAAAUCAUUGCCUAAGAAUGACAUGAAUUACAUAGCAUCCAGUGGUCUUCUAUUCAAAGAUGGCAAAAAGCGAAUUGAUUACAUCCUGGUUUAUAGAAAGUCAAAUAUACAAUAUGACAGGAGAAACACCUUUGAAAAGAACCUCAGAGCAGAAGGCUUGAUGUUGGAAAAGGAGCCAGCUGUUGCAAACACUGAUAUCAUGUUUAUUAAAAUUCACAUUCCAUGGGACACGCUGUGCAAGUAUGCGGAGAGGCUGAAUAUCAGGAUGCCCUUCAGGAAAAAAUGCUAUUUCACUGACCGGAGGAGCAAAUCCAUGGGCAGGAUGAAAAAAAAUUUGAAAAAAAUCAUGAAGUGGAUGCCCCAAAACCCAAUGGCUCUCGACAAGUCAGCUUUUCCAGACCUGGAGGAAUUAGAAUGCUACACUGGCCCCUUCAGCCGUGCACGGAUUCACCACUUCAUAAUAAACAAUAAGGACACCUUCUUCAGCAAUGCUACUCGAAGCAGAAUAGUCUAUCAUAUGCUGCAGCGCACCAAAUAUGAAAAUGGCAUAUCAAAAGUGGGUAUCUGUAAACUUAUAAACAAUGGUGCAUAUGAAGCAGCGUUUCCCCCACACGAGGGAGCCUACAAGAGUAGACAGCCCAUCAAAACCCAUGGACCUCAGAAUAACAGACAUCUAUUAUAUGAGCGCUGGGCACGCUGGGGAAUGUGGUAUAAGCAUCAGCCCCUGGAUUUAAUCAGGCGAUACUUUGGUGAGAAGAUUGGGCUUUACUUUGCUUGGCUAGGAUGGUAUACUGGAAUGUUAAUUCCUGCAGCAAUUGUUGGCUUGUGUGUUUUCUUCUAUGGACUGUUUACAAUGAACGGAAGUCAAGUAAGCCAAGAAAUUUGUGCGGCUGCUGAAGUCUUCAUGUGCCCUCUCUGUGACAAGAACUGCUCCCUGCAGAGACUCAAUGACAGCUGUAUCUAUGCCAAGGUGACAUAUUUGUUCGAUAAUGGAGGGACAGUCUUCUUUGCUAUUUUUAUGGCAAUAUGGGCCACAGUCUUCCUAGAGUUUUGGAAAAGGAGAAGAAGUAUACUAACGUAUGCCUGGGACCUGAUUGAAUGGGAAGAGGAGGAGGAAACACUUCGCCCCCAGUUUGAAGCAAAGUAUUACACGAUGGAGAGAGUGAAUCCCAUCACAGGAAAACCUGAGCCACAUCAGCCCUUCUCAGACAAAAUUACUCGUCUUCUUGUCUCUGUCUCAGGGAUAUUUUUCAUGAUUUCUCUGGUGAUCACUGCAGUGUUUGCAGUGGUGGUGUAUCGCCUGGUCGUCAUGGAACAGUUCGCAUCAUUCAAGUGGAGUUUCAUCAAACAGCAUUGGCAGUUUGCAACAUCUGCUGCUGGUGUCUGUAUUAAUUUUGUAAUUAUCAUGAUGCUGAAUGUUGCUUAUGAAAAAAUUGCUUACCUUCUCACUAAUUUAGAAUAUCCUCGAACAGAAUCUGAAUGGGAAAACAGCUUUGCUCUGAAGAUGUUCCUCUUCCAGUUUGUCAAUUUAAACAGUUCUAUCUUCUAUAUUGCUUUCUUUUUGGGGAGAUUUGUAGGCCACCCAGGAAAUUACAAUAAACUUUUUAACCGGUGGAGACUGGAGGAAUGUCAUCCAAGUGGCUGUUUGAUAGACCUCUGCCUCCAGAUGGGUGUUAUCAUGUUUUUGAAGCAAAUAUGGAAUAACUUCAUGGAACUGGGAUACCCGCUGAUCCAGAACUGGUGGUCAAGACAUAAAAUCAAGCGAGGAAUACAUGAUGCAUCUUUGCCUCAGUGGGAAAAUGAUUGGAAUCUACAGCCCAUGAAUAUUCACGGACUGAUGGAUGAGUACUUAGAAAUGGUUUUGCAGUUUGGUUUUACCACCAUUUUUGUUGCGGCUUUUCCUCUGGCCCCUCUGUUGGCGUUGUUAAACAAUAUCAUUGAAAUCAGGCUGGAUGCGUACAAAUUUGUCACCCAGUGGCGGAGGCCUCUGCCAGCCCGAGCAACUGAUAUUGGUAUCUGGUAUGGAAUUCUUGAAGGAAUCGGUAUACUGGCUGUGAUCACCAAUGCGUUUGUAAUUGCUAUUACAUCUGACUACAUCCCUCGUUUAGUCUAUGAGUACAAAUAUGGCCCCUGUGCAGAUCAAUUAGAGAACGGUGACAAUUGCUUAAAGGGAUAUGUCAACAAUAGCCUAUCCUUCUUUGACCUGAGUGAGCUUGGUAUUGGAAAAUCUGGUUACUGCAGGUACCGAGACUAUAGAGGUCCCCCUUGGAGUUCCAAACCCUAUGAGUUCACCUUACAAUAUUGGCAUAUCCUCGCCGCCCGAUUGGCCUUCAUUAUCGUGUUUGAGCACCUGGUUUUUGGGAUCAAGUCUUUCAUCGCGUUUCUGAUUCCAGACGUACCACAGGAUCUAUAUGACCGAAUUAGACGGGAGAAGUACUUAGUCCAAGAAAUGAUGUAUGAGGCUGAACUAGAACAUCUGCAACAACAGCGGAAGAAAUGUGGUCAGCCUGUCCACCAUGAAUGGCCUUAGUUGAAACCUGUUACCCAGUAGAGGCGGUACCACUAGUGGGAAGGAGUGAUCAACUUCAAAUUCUUGGUGGGAUCUAGAAGGAAAGUGUACAUGGCAAACUGUGUGUAUAAUAUGCUACUUGGAAAUGCGUCACAUCCUUCUCUGAGAUUUGGAAUAUCUGGCUUCUAAGGAAAAAAAGAUGACUUAUAACCUUAAAAAAUGGUUAGAUUCUGCUGCAGGAGGCCAGGAU